UUGGUACGCUUUUACACUGCACACCACUUGCACUAUUCUGACGGAUAAAUGAUAUCUGUAGCAAAAGGAAUCAUUCUCUAAAUCAAAUAUAAUUCGCUAUAAACACAAGCACCCCGGAGUAGGUCUGCUCUCCUCACCUAUAGGCUCUUCGCACUCUAUUUUAAUUCGCGCACACACAUACUCACGUUCAUAGGACCAGAGACUGAGCAGCGCUCACUCACUCUGUAGGGCUGUGCUAUCACUGCCAUAGACACCACUUCUACAGCAUCACUUACCGGCACUGCAGCUGUUGGCAGACGUGGACUUCUCCAUACAACUAUUGAGGGAAAGAGAUUUUUACCACCAAAUUUAUUUCAUAAACAAGACAUAUCGGGAACUACCGAGGACUCGUAAAGGUUCAUUUCGCAAGACAUUUUUAUUUAUACAGGAAGCUGAACAACAAAACCACUGACUUUGACUGCUAACUCUUGGAGAUUUUAAGACAUUUCGAUAAAUCAUCCGGACUAAUCCAUUCCCAAAAGAAGCGCCGAGCCGUUUCCUUGCGUCAAAGAUAUAACAACAUCGGUAAGGUUUUUUUUUAGGGUGACUUUCCUAACAUAAAGCCGUCGCCAUGGAUGAGUUGGACCUUCCCCAGAUGAAGAAGGAGGUGGAGAGUCUUAAGUACCAGCUGGCCUUCAAGAGAGAGAAGUCCUCAAAAACAGUCACUGACCUGGUGAAAUGGAUUGAGGACGGAGUGCCCGAUGACCCCUUCCUGAACCCCGAGCUGAUGAAGAACAACCCUUGGGUGGAAAAGGGCAAAUGUGUCAUCCUCUAGAAGACACGGGGAUUACCGUCCGUCCCCGUCCUCUCCGCCUCGAAUCCUGCACUGGGCAGAGGCAGAACGGCGCUCUUUCUAAUCCCGUCCUUCCCCCCAACUGUACCCCUGCCAGUCCCCUCCUCUCACUAUGAAUGUACAAGAGACAUCCCCAAUGAGGACCACUGCUAAUUUUACACUGAAACAUUAGCACCAUACAGUCACAUUUGCUUGUUUAAGGAAAAAAAAAUUGCCAUGCAUUACUGUUCUAAUCAUAAAUAUCUAUAUAUCUUUAUAUGCCGUAAAUGGAUUUUAUUCUCUAGCAUAUGAAUUCCUUUUUGGUGUUGUCGCUGCUGCUGCUUGCGCUUUUUUGAUAACACGUUCAAGCGUGCACUCACUGCCAGUAAUGGUCUGUUAGUCUGCUGGCUGCAUAAAACAAGGAGAGAAGGGGGGGGGGGGGUGGGAGGAAAAAUGCUACAGCAUCAAAAAACAGCUCUGCUCUAUUUAGAAUCACUGAAGGCAGAGUCAGUCUUGGAACACCUCCUCUCUCUUUUACUGUGGAGCCCCAAAUCAUUCCAGUAGGCCAGGUGCCCAUAUGCCGCUUUGCCAGAACUCCCCACACCCCCUCCCCCUACCUCUGAAGUAUGAUUUUCAAAGGUGGGGUGUCUGCACCUGCCAACCUACGCUCUGUAUUCUGUGCCGACCCUACAGGUAACUGUAUCCAGUACUUGGACCACAGGUACGGUUUUCAGCCAUCUUCCAUGGUACUCGAAUGGUGUGGUAUAGUAAAGGAAUUGACAUAUUGCACGUUUUUAUUCCCCUUGGAAUUCAGUAGUACAAUCCAGCACAACUAACACAUGGUAACUAACACAUGCUAGUUAACACAUGCUAGCGGAAAAACGACAGCAGAAAACACACAGCACACUCACUUGAGGAACACUUGUUUUUUUCUUUAGUUGUUGUUGUUGUUGUUUUCGUUCAAACAUGUACAGAUGGUAUCUUCUUAAUUUAUUAACUUAUUUAUGGUAAUUUAUUUAUUUAUGAGUUUUACAAACUACUAUCGAAUCUGUGGGUGCUGUUUGCUUGGGGAGCUGUAAUGGACUUGCUGUUUUUAUGCCCGCACCCUGCCUCCAUUGAUAAGAGAAAGAAAAAAAAAAAAACACAAAACACCUUGCCAGUUCACCAUCAAAUACUGCCUUGUACACAACCUCCUUAAAACAAGAAUGUAUGUGUGUCAUAAAGGGUUGGUCUGCCAUCCACCACCCGAAGCUUUGACUUGUGCGUGUAUGCAUGGAGCUUGAAGGUUGCAUACUGGCCUAGGCUUUGGUUCAGAUUUUUAACAGCACAAUCUGUCUACUGCCAAGGCUUUAAUGAAGAAAGGCAAGGAUGUUGGUUUAUCUGUUGUUUCUGAUUCUUUUUUGUUGGCUUGUUGUUUAUUUUAUUUUUUAUUUGUUUUUAUAUUCAACAUCUAGUAUAAAACUAUCUAUCUAGCAAUGUACUGAUUGUGGGAGUGCUUUGGAAUAUUAUGCAUACGAUCAACUACUAGUUUAAUGAUGAAGCAAUAAGCAAGGACGAUUUUUUUAUUGAAUGUUUUCCAAAAAACAUUUAUCCUAUUGAAUAAAGUAGAGGAUUUUUAGACA